UGCUCUUCUUUUUCUCCUCUGCCGACUGAAGCCCCCAAGCCACCGACUUUCUUCCCCCUUGAAAAGCCGGUGAGAUCUUGAUGAAAUUCCUUCCUUUUCUUGUUGAAUCACAAGAUUUAGGACCUAGAAUCUUCCCUCUCAACCCAGAAAAAUCCCAGUUCUGCUCUGCUCUUCUCCCCUGCAGUCGGCAAGAGCCCCAGCUACCGCCACCCAUUUCCAGCCGGAAACACUGGCCAAGCUUGGGGAUUUCUCCCUAUUUUCUUGUUCUAGAACAGCCAUUAAACCCAGAAUUUCCAGAUCUGUUCUGUUUUGCGUCUUCCUCCCUUUGUUGCCCGCCGGCUGCUAUGUGGGUGUGAGGUUUUUGGGCUUUUUCUGAGCCGUCAGUCCCCUGCAGAAAAUUCCCGCCGGCCUCUUCCCCCUGCAGCUUCGGUUCUUGCUGGAAAAUUCUGGUAAGUUGUCGGCUUUUCCAAGCUUAAAAUUACCCAUUUAAUUGUUGGGUUUUGUCCACUAAGUGCUGCCCUGUGCUUGUCCGAAUUUUGUUGGAAAAUGGGGGAAUUCCGGUAGCAUUUAAAUGUGUUUUUGUGCCUGGUUUAUGUAGAAUUAGCUUAAUUGGGCUGUUGUGAUGUUGUGUAGGAGUAAUCCCGUGACUUAGCCAUUGUUGGCCAAAGCCGUGGGUCUCCAUUGCUUGUCCAGGAAAUAGGAAUGAAUUUUGGUAGCUUUAAACUAUGUUUUUAAGUGUGGGUUAAGUAGAAAAUUAG